ACAGAUGACAUUCGACAUCGUCGAAAAUAAUAAUUUCAAAAACAUCUUCCUUAAAAUUUCCAUUCCUUUAAAACUAUAAAAUUUCAACACCGAAGUGAUCGUGAAAUGAAAAUAUAUAAUAAUUCAAAUAUUAAACAAGUGAAUGUGUAUGGAAAUGAAUUUACAGACUCUAUUCCAGGAUUUUAAUCCGAGCAAAUUCGUAGUUCACACAUGUUUGCUGGUAUUCACAGCUUUGUUGGCUCUAAAGUUUGAUAAUACCAUAACAUGGUCGUAUUGGGCCGUAUUUACGCCAAUAUGGAUUUGGAAAUUCCUAGUUGUACUUGGUGCUACUGUUGGUACUUAUGUUUGGUGGCAGUAUCCUCACUUCAGGUUAGAAGGUGAAGCCUACAUCCACUACAAGGCAAUGUUAAUAAGUCUCGCCAUACAUUUAAUCUUGCUAAUGUUUGAACUGCUAGUGUGUGACCAGCUGACGACUGCCCGCCAUGUUUGGAUACUAGUCUUCAUACCGCUUAUCUUUAUAAGCAUAGUCUCCAUUGCCAUCUGUAUAUGGUGUGUUAAACAUGACAGAAGUUAUGAGUUGGAAUUAUUCUGCGCAGUAAAUAUACUGCAGUUCAUAUUUCUGGCGCUAAAAUUGGAUGAGUUUAUAAACUGGUCGUGGGAGGUUGUGUUUGUGCCUCUGUGGAUACUCAUGUGCCUCAGCCUUGUAGGUGAGUGGGUGUUGUACAGUAUAAUAUUCGCGGGUAUUUUGUUGCGAACGCCGGAAGUCAAUAUACAGCAACGGCGAACAAGUUUCAACUCUGCCUUAGCUUACACUUUCACAGUCAUACCCAUAUUAGUCUUUCAGGUUCUCCUGACGAACAAGUUGGACGAUGGCUUGUCGCUCACCUACAUCGUGGUGGUGAGCCCUCUAUUCGUGACGUAUGCCACGCUCAUUAUCAUGUCCUUUAGCUCUAAGGGCGGCAACAAAUGGUGGUUCGGAAUACGGAAAGACUUUUGUCAGUUCCUUCUGUCGGUGUUCCCGCUUCUACAAGAAUAUGCGAACAUUGCGUACAACAAUAAUGUAAACCGCGGCGCCAACGUUGCGCCGGCCGACCCGCCGAACCAAGAGCCGUAUAGAGAUGAGGCUCACAAAAAAGUCAAAGAGAAAAAACAUAAAAACCAGAAGAAAAACGAAGCGUUGAAGCCAGUUGUGCCUGUGACCAGUAUAGACAUGCCCGAUUGAUGAUCUUCCCGCCUGAAACGCGUGAAAAGUGCUGAAACGUGUGUUCACUUGUUAGAUGUUUGUCCAUUGUAAAUAUCGAGCUUCUUUGUGUAAUGGAGCAAUACAAUUUGUUAAGUUUGUUAUUCAGUGAUGUAACGAAUAUUUUGCGUUUCACGAAGGAAUACUGUUACAGCGCUUGUGCACUGCUCGCAUCCGAAUAUGUGAAAAUGCGGAUCAUUAGAGAAGCUUCUGAUCGGAAACUAAGAAAUUACGGUUGUUUAGGAUAUUUCGAGCGAAUUUUCUUCGUUUCGCAUGCGGCCAGUGCUCAAGCAGUAGCGAAAAUUCUCUUUAAUUACUCCGCGAUCACAGCAGUCACGCAGUUUUAUUCGUCGUCAUUUGUCGUUAAUCAUUGAUUUAGAGAAAAAAAAAGCAUAAAAACCAUCAUCAAGUAUUAGCUGUCAGAAUCUCAGGCAAGCUUAUUAGUUUAUGCGCAUCACGCGUCUUAUUGAAGGAAAACUUCGACAUUAAAACACGAGUAAAUUAAUCUUGCAUAUCUUUGACUAGCUAGGCAUUUAUUGUGAUUAAGCUUAAAGCUGCAUAUGCAUUAUUUGAGAUAAUUAAAUAAUAUGAUAUGCUUACCUUCAUUUUGUCCAGUGAAUAUACGUAAUAUUGAGUAUCGAUAUUCGUUACAUCACUAAAUUGUGUAGGACUAAGCUAUUUUUUUGUAUAGGUAAUAAUAGAUAUUAUAGGAUAUUAGGAAGUAUUUUGAUCUUGUCCAAAAUCUUUGUUUGUAUAAAAAAAAACGAUUUUUUUGACAAUGUUUCAAGCGAACCAAACACACCAUACAUAUUUUAUGACCUCUUAAACUUAUUGGGUGCUUGUCGAACAUUAAUUAAUUUGACAAGCUCACCGGGCCUAUUCGGCAAGUGCUGGCUAAAGUGAAAAUGCUGUUUGAGAAUUGCACCAAGAUCUUUUGAUGUUUUUGUGAAACCCCACUAAAGUCGAAUGCAAAUGCUUAGGUUAAAUGUUUUAGACCAGCCGUCGCGUCGGCAACCUUUUAGCAGGCAAGGCCCACAAUCCACAUAGUGACAAAAUAAAAUAAAGGCGGGAUGCAUUUUUUCAUAAUUUUGCAUACCUAUAUCGAAGAUUAGUAUUAAAAAUUUAAAAACAAAUAUUUACUUUUACAUUUUAUAAAUUCAUAAGUUAAACUUUAUGCAUAAAAUUAAAAAUUAUUUGAGAUUAUAACUUUUAAUAUAGGUAAAUUGCUGAACAAACCUUUAUUCAUUAAAUUAAGAUGGUAAACUGCCAUAUUUAACAAGAUCAUUGAUUUCAAGAUAUCAUGAUGAUUAGAUCAUCAUUAGAUCGAUUACAUACGUACAUUACGUAAAUUACUCGGUACGUUCUCAAUUAUUGACAUCACAUUAAAACGAUUAAGUAUGCAAAAAUCUUCGGUAGGCUGGCUUUGGCGGAUAUCUCAAUAUUUCAAUUUGGUGAAGUUACGUUUUGUUACAAAUUUCCUAAGGCCUCAUUUACACGACAGAUAUAGAAUAGAAUAAAUGUAUUCCCAAGUAUCUGUUCACACGUUAAAAAGGCGUUGACGUGUACUUGGGAAUACAUUUGUUCUAUUUGGACGCCUUUUUAACGGACGUUAAAAAAGCUCUCCUAUAAAUGAAGCCUAACUGUCGUGGAAAGCACAGUUUUAUUUUUAACUAGCUGAUGCUGAUGAUGGAUGUAGGUUUUUUAAAAUUCCCGUGGGAACUCUUUGA